UAUAGCAAUAAACGGAGCCAACGCCUUGGUAGUUAGUUUUGCCGGCACUGGCUAGUAGAAAAGGAUGGCUCGCCGUUGUUUGCUAGGAUGUUUGGCAAUUUCGCUUUACUGUGGAAUUGCUAUGUGUCUGCCUCCUAUUCAGCAAUUGCGCACGAAAGUUCCGCGACAAACCAUUAAUGUCAACAUCAGUCUUUGGGAGCACUACGAAGACGUCCUGAAGGAAAUUGACGAACAGGAAAACGGACCUCUCCGGAAAUUACUGAAGGAAGUCGUGGAAAAGAACCCCGGCAUCGCUCCCGCCGGAAGUCUAUUCCAGCGACUACACAUACCCGAGAAGCUUCCAGGCGGCAAAACCGGGUUCGAAUCCGAUUUCGAUUUUCUGGACCCCUCUGUGAAAGCUCUGGAGGCCCCCCAUUCUGCAGUCAGAUUGGUGAAGGUUCCCAAUUCCGACGUGUACGUCCAUUUGUAUGUGAACAACCAAAGGGUAACCCCCUUGCACAGACGUCUUAGCAUGGCUCGCUUCUACGACCCCCAGCGGUCUGGCGUCUCAGUGGACAUUAAAUACUGGGCGGCGCCUAAUAAUACAAAAGGCACGUGUCUUAAUAAUACCGUCACCAUCCUGCUGCACGGGUUCGACCCCAAAACCAACAGGACUCGCCCACCGAUCCUUACCGCCCGGAUGUACAAGGGAUAUCAGAGUUUCACCACCCCUCCGUACAAAUCCUGUUUCGUUGAUGAUGGCGGAGACAAGGAAUGCUGCGACGGAAACGUCCCGGACUCCGAGGAAGGGUUCGCCAAUGAUUACAACCCUGGCUGGGUGGACACGAACGCCGUGGAUGCCAUUGGAGGGGCAAUAGGAAAGUUCAUCACCAUGCGCCCAGACGCCGAGGUCGUCAUGGACGUCGUCCUCGUGUAUCGCACCUCGUGGCCCACGUGGUUCCGGCAGUGGGAGGAGCCGAACUGGCCCAGGAUGUGGCCUCAGGGGGAGACCGUCGCUCUGCUGAAGAACACCGGGGCUGAAGUGACCCGGAAGUCAAACGAUGACGACAGAGCGAGCCAGGAGACGUGGCGCCUCGUUUUCGUCCAGGCUGAGAACAUUUUGAUCAACACGUGGAACAAGGAACAACGCACGUUGAUGAUGUUCCUGAAGGCGUUGAGGCGCAAGUACUUCCAGCACGUCGAAGACGCCAUUACGGGAUUUCAUCUCAAACUGCUCUCCUUCUGGGUGGUGGAGGAACUGGGGACAGAUUGGAGGCUCGCGGACAUGAACGCUGCUGUGUCAGAGGCACUGGCCAGCAUUCAAGAUGUCUGCAAGAAUCGAUUCUUGCCCAAUUACUUCGUCCCGCAAGUCAAUGAACUGGAUGGCGCAUCUCCUGAGGGAUUAGACGAAGUGUCUGACAUCAUAGACGAUAUUCUUAAAGACCCCGAUACUUACUUCAUAGAAAAUCUAUUCCGUAAUGUUAGCGAAGCUGAGCACUCAUCAGGGUUCAAGUACACUAUGUUUUAUGAGUCUAGCCACGCAAGCGGUGCUACAUCAAUUUAUCAUAUAUCUCUUCUACCUGUGCUGGGGUAUAUAUCCGUCUCUAUCUCUUGUUUUGUGAAACGCGUCUGGGUUUAAUAUUAGCUACCAGUAAGAGCCAACGCUGAGACGCGGAUUAGAAAAUUGCGAGGCAUCAGCAAUAUAGU